UCCUCCUCCUCGUCGUCUUCUUCUUCUUCUUCAUUCUCCAUUCUCCUCUUCUUCUUUUCUUCUUCUUCGUCUUCUCUGUUUCCUUAACAAAAACCUCACUGCUCGCACCGCAAACCGAAUCCUUCUCUAUUUCUCACUUUGUCAAUGCCUGCGCAUAAACGUUCUUGGUCGGACAGUCUGAACGGAGAAGAGCCUCGAGACCAACAAUUCAGCCAUCAAGAUGCCAAGCAAUCUCGAACGGAACGCGAGCCGAAGACUGAAAUAGAAGCAGAAGAGGAGGAGCAGCAAAAGCAGCAGAAGGAAGGAGACCCAGAUGAUGAAGGGCGCGAAGAAGACGAAGGGGACGAACAAAAGCAACACAAGCAAUUGGAGGAAGCGACCGGAGCGAGAGAUUCCGAAGGAAGCCUAUCCUCUAGCUCUGAAGAUAAACCGGAAUUUGUCUUUGUAGAGCUGUCAGGCAUUCGGAGAGAUGUGCAAUGCCCAAUUUGUCUUGGGAUUAUUAAGAAAACACGAACCGUAAUGGAAUGCUUGCACCGGUUCUGUAGAGAAUGCAUUGACAAAUCAAUGCGGCUGGGGAACAACGAAUGUCCUGCUUGCCGCACACAUUGUGCCAGUAGACGUUCUUUGAGAGAUGAUCCUAAUUAUGAUGCACUGAUUGCUGCCCUUUAUCCAGAUAUUGAUAAAUAUGAGGAGGAGGAAUUAACAUUUCACGAGGAGGAAAGGAAUCGUAAUAAACAGAUUCAGGAAUCAAUUGCACAAAUAUUUCAGCGACAAUCAGAAGCACUCAGUAAGAAACGCAUAUUAGGCAAGGAUAUGGCUGGUGGAAUUCUAACAAGGUCGCGUCGCAACCAUAGGAAUGCUCAUCUGAGGAGACAAAACGGUCGAGGAGAUGAAGUGUCAGGAUAUGAAGAUAAUGAGGAUGAAGAUGAUAAUAACGAGGGCAAAGAUUCAUCUUCUGCUGAUGAGAGAUUUACAGAAGUUAGGCAAAGGAGGAAGAAGAGACAUCCCACAGUUCGAUCCUCUCAGCCUUCUUCGUCAAUAGCUAAUAUAGAUAGUGGAUGCACUGAUGGAUGUGCUGAAAGUGAUUUAGAUAUGAGCAGAGAAAACCGAACAGUUUCUCCUGGUCUUGUCUUGAACUCUGAAAUGCUUGGUUGGGGUCGCGGUGGUGUACGUAGUAACACACGGCAUGGGAGUGGUGGUGGGUCCAGCAAUAAAAGUUCUAGGAGUAGUCGCUUAACGAAGUUAGUCAAUUAUCUGCGAGGCCUGGAAGAAAAUAGUAAUGAGUUAGAUGUCCAUCUUCUUCUUAUUUCAGUGGAUAAAGAAAGUACUCCAAGUUUGCAGCAGCCUCAUCUCCACUGCCGUCCAAGUUUGACUGUUGAACAAUUACGUGAAUAUGUCUCUCGAAAGACACCUCUACAAGCAGAUGAAGUUGAAAUAUUGUCGGUGAAAGAUUGUCAUAGUACCAGCGAUGAUCAAUCGACCACAAAUACUUCAAUCUCAAUUGAGGGUCCUGUCAUCAUGUCUCCUGUCUUCGAUCCACUCAAAUAUGAGCUACAAAUUUUGGAAGGCAAAGAAACUUUGGCAGAACUUCAAGCAGAUUGCAACUAUAGUAGCGACCACUUGAUUCUAGGAUAUCGCCGAAAGGGGCAGAGUUAACAAGUAACACCUGAUACUUAUACGCAUAUCUUUUUUUAACUUGGAUGAAGCUGGCAUUUCCAGGGUGUCAAAACUUCUGUAACAUCCCACUGCUGAAAAGUCCAUCUCAUUUCAGCUGCUGUAUUAAAUAUUAAGGACCUUGUUCUUGAAUUUCUGCCGGAAUGGAUCGGCAUCUACGGUAACAGAAAUAACUUCAUCCGUUUACAUUGAUGAGGAGAAAUUAGAAAAAGGCAAAGCAAAAAUCAUGAAACUUGAGUUUAAUUCACCUGGGGUAGAAUAGAUUAUCAAAAUCAGACAGUAGCCAUGCUUUAACUGUUAUUGUCCCUCUCAAGGCAUUCAUUUUUAAUUGGGAACCUGGAGAAUCCACUCUGUAAUUGUCCGAGAGGUCUAAUCAUCAUGAUUAGGACCAAUGUCAAUAGUAAAGAGCUUAGAAGGAAUUAGUUCAAA